AAUAUAUAAAGUCAUAAAGAGAUCGGGACUUGGGAGCAUUUCAAUUUUCAAUAAUCUUUAGCCAAUUAGCCAUACGCCCAUACAUCAGUACAUCAUCGUUCAUCAUCAUAUAAAUAUAUAAUACCUUCAACCCUACACCUUCCGUUGUUCCGCAUAUGAUAUUUCUUCCGAUUUUCAAAGUCAAAACUCAAAAAUAAAAAAUACUUAAAGAAAGCAAGCAAUCAACAACCUGCAAGACAAUCUGGAACCUAGAGGCUGGAGCUUGGGUGUGAGAAGCUGACUGACGGAGCCGGAGCGGGCAAGGGUGGAAGAAUUUCAGUUUGUGGAAGGAUUUCGGUGAAGACCUAUCUUGGAAGUUGGAACCAUCGUGAAUACGCAGUAACGCAGGUUCAUCUACAACGGGGAUGUGGUCUAUGAUCAAGGACAUUGAUCACACCAAUUCUACCUGGGCUCUGAAGGUUAGGGUUGUAAGGGCUUAUGAGGUGCCUCUUCACUCAAAAGGAGGGGAGACCCUCGAGAUGGUUUUGCAUGACGCCGAGGGAGAUCGGAUUCAUGCAAUAAUCAAGAGACCACAGAUUGCCAUGUACAAGACUAUAAUAACUGAGCACAAGAUCUAUGCUAUAAGGAACUUCUUAGUUCUAGACAAUUACCAAACAGUGAAGACCACAAAUCAUCCCUACCUGAUUCAGUUCAUCUCUAAAACCCAAUUCAGGGAGGAUACGAAGACAGAAUUGCCUAUGAUGGUUUACGAUUUCCAUCCUUUCGAUAUGCUGCACGCCCAAAGGGUUAUCAACGACAAAACUCUCAUUGAUAUCAUUGGGAAGGUUAUCAAUAAAAGCAUUGUUCAAACCCAUAUCAUCAAUGGGAAGACCGAAAGGCUAAUGGAGCUAACUGUGGCAGACCCAGAGGGAAACAUACUAGGCUGUGUUCUAUGGAACAAAUAUAUAAACCAGUAUCAGGAUUAUGUUAAUGAG